AUGGGAAACGGAAAUUCUCACAUCAAAGAAGUUAUUGAUUUAUCACCCAGAACUUUAGCAUUAACUAGCGUUGAUGAUAAAGUGUGGUUGGGUAUACCCGAAGAGAAUCUAUUCAAUGAUUCAUUCACUAUCGAAAAGUAUUAUAUGCUUCAAUCAAAACCAUUAUCAAAUUUUAAAGAUAUAGAUCAUUAUAAUUCAAUAGAGCAGAUUGAAGAGACUUCAUUUUUUUCAUCAUAUAAAGAUCGAUCAAAUUUACCACUACAACAACAGUUACAAGAGCAAUUACUGCAACAACAAAAGCAACAAACACAGCAUACACAAAUCAACCAAACAUCAGCAGCAUCGAAUCAAGCAAAUGGCCGAAAUAGUACAAAUUUAACAUCAGGCAAUAAUAACUCUGGUGCCUCCAAUUCUACCACCAAUAAUAGCAAUAAUAACAAUAACAAUCAAACUAUUUCAGAAUUUAUUGAAGAAUAUAAAAAUAGAUCGAGCAUACCAGUUUUUUUAAUACCUGAGGAUCCAUAUAAAACUCAUCAAAAAACAUUGUCAUUUGUUUUGGAAGAUUUAUACUCACAAUCAAAUGUCAAUACAGCAUACUAUACAACAUUGUUACAGAAAAGAUUAUGUAUUUUAAAAAGAAUCCAUCUUGCCCUAAAAAGAGAAAUUGCAAGAAAAAAACUAUUCGAUUCAAUUUAUCAUUCAAAAGCAAAAACUAGAACAAAAAAAGUUCAUAUGCCACCAAUUUCAAUUAGAAUUGCAUGUAGAUUAUUUUUAUCAACAUUACAGGAGCAGGUAUUUGAACAAAAGAUUUCAUUAUCGACUUUAAAGUCAUUUAAUAUAAUGAUAAAAGAAUUACCACCAUUAUCAAUGGCCGGGGAACCACAGGAUUGUAUUGAUAGUUUAAAUAAAUGGUUAUUAUCUGCAUUAUCAAGUUCAUCUCCAUUAAUAAAAAGAGAAUCAAUGGAGGCUUUAAUUGGUUUAUCACUUAGCCAAGGUUCUUUAAGUUCAAUCUUAUCAUCAUUGUCAUUAAUAAUUACACCAGAUAAAAUUAUAACUAAUAAUACAAAUAAUAAUAACCCUACAACCAAUAGCGGUAUUGGUGUAAAUAAUUCAAAUAAUUCUAAUAACAGUAAUAAUACAAAUAAUUCAAACAUUGGAUUAAGAAUGUCAAUGUCUAUCAAACAGUUGGAGCAAUGGAAAGUAGAUCUCCCACUAUCACCACUUUCUAGAGACUUGUUAUUAGCAACAUGGCCGAUUCAAUGGAAUGAUAAUAUUUAUGAUGAUUCAUUGGCAUUUCUCUCAUCUUCAAAUUAUAAUAUAGCGACAAUUACAUCCGAUAGCGAAUAUAUUUAUAUACAUGAUACUUGUGGUUUAGCGAAAAUUGGUACUGGUUAUUUUGGUACCCACCAAGGUCGUGUCUAUGCUCGUAAUGCAGAUUUUUAUCCAAAAGAAAAGGGUUGGCUUGUAAAUAUUGGUAAUCAUUUAUAUUAUAGAUCACCAUCUAUCACAGAAAACUCUACACUUAUUGUAUUAAAUCCAAUGAAUUUAGAAGAGAUUGGUCACAUUAAUCAAGAUGGCUCAGGUUCAAUCCAAACUGUAAAUAAUUUAGCGUUCCCAUUCGGCCCAGAAUGUCAUGAUUAUAUAAUAACAUCUUCAACAUCUUCCUCAAUUUCGACACCAACAUCAAAUUUUUUAAAUAAUAAUAAUCAUAACAGCAAUAACACUACCCAUCAAUUAAUUUCAAAUACAAAUAGAUCACCAAUAUUUACAGAUGGCAGAUACUUAUAUUUAUUAUCACUACAAAGAUUUCAUAAUUUUUCAAAUAAGCAAUUUAUUGUCGAUAUGUACGAUCCAUUCGAAUCAUUCCAACAUUACAAGAGAAUAGAAUUACGUUAUCCUGACGGAGAGGUUGUCAAUCAUUAUCAAAAUGAAGAACUUGUAUUAAAUCCAAAUGUCUUAGAUCUAGGUUCAUUCUAUACUAAUGGUCAUUAUUUAAUGGUUGUUUUACCACCACCUUUAGGAAGUGAUUACAACUAUGAUUCAAAAAGUUUUAUUUGUAGAGCUUUUUCAUUAAGUGAUGGCUCGUUAAUUGGAAACUAUUGUUUAGAAAAUCAACCAAUUGGUUUGGCUUCAUUCUAUGACUAUUUAAAUAAUGUAAUUUGGAAUUAUUCAAGUUCUGAAUCCGAAAUUGGUAAAUAUGGAAAUGAAGGUUUUGGUCCAAAGCACAAUUUUCCUUCUAUUGUUCAAAAAUCAAAUACUAAUAAUACAACAAUAAAUAUUAAUAUUACAAUUAAUAUUCCUGUUGGUGGUAAUUUAACGCCACAACCAAUUUUAUUACCCUCUUCGUCAACAAUUACAACUAUCAGCGAAGAAGAUAGUGACCCAUCAAUGGAUCCAAAAGAGAUGGUAUCAACUAUUUUAUCAAUUCUAUCACGAUUAGCAGUAGACUAUAUGCCAUCGGCGAGUGAUAAUGCUGGUGGUCCAAAUUCAAGUACAUCAUCUAUUCAUCAUGUUCAUAAAUUAACAGAGCCAUAUAGUGUCGAAGUUUGUUUUAAUACAUUCUCACAAUUAUAUGAUAUUUUAGAGCAUUAUAGAUUCAACCAAUUAAAACCAGGAGGAUUUUCAGCUACAUCACCUAAAACUAUUGAAACCUUGCGUUGUAUAAUAUACUGUCUAAGAUUGUUAAAAGUUAAUUUAUUUAGAUUAACUUCAAAUAUUAGAAUUCUCGAACGUAAUCAACAGAUAUAUCAAGAUGCCUCGAGAGAUAAUUUAUUAAAAUGUAUCGAUCAAAACUUUUUACAUAAACUUCGUAUUUUAUUAUUAAAUUUCGUUAUUGAUGGAAUUGAUAGUUUCAAUGAAUCUAAAAUAGCCUCUUCAAGUUCAUCAAAAGAAAAAGAACGUGACUCAAUUGCCGAAUUUGAAACUAUUCGUGAAGAAUCUUGCGAAGUUUUAACUAUUGGUUUAGAUUUAUUUUAUCCAACCUCGCUUGACAAAGCAAAUUUCAUUUUUCAUCUAUUGGAUCAAUUUUCAAAAAAUAGAUUACCAAAAGAUAAAGAAAAAGAUAAAGAAAAAGAUAAGGAAAAAGAUAAAGACAAUUCAAAUCUAUUAACUAAUACACUACCUGCCACUAUUGCAAAUUUAAAACCAACAAAUUUAAAAAAGAAUUUAUCUAAUAAUAAUAACAAUAGUAAUAGUAAUAAUAAUAAUAAUAAUAAUAAUAAUAACAAUAAUAAUAACCAAAUAUUUAAAAGUGAUAAAGAUCAAGGAUAUUCAAUGUUAUUAAAUAGAGUAUUGAUUUUAUUAUCAAGUCACCCAAAUGCUUCGUUUUUUGCAUUACCUCCAUUAUCAUCAGAGUUUAGUUCAUUUAGUUUAGUUAAUAUAAAUAACUUUACAAAUAAUAGUAAUAAUAAUAACAAUAGUAAUAUUGAUUCAAUGAAUUUAUUUGUACCAAUUAUUACACAUUUAUUACAAGAGGCUCAAGCAACUAUUCCCCCUCAAACUAUUAUACCACAAAUAUCAAGACAAGAUUCAACUCAACAUUUAGGCUUUUCGUUAUACUCUUCAGCUUCCCCACCACCACUAUCAUCACCAGCAAUGAGAUUAUUAUUGGCAAUUCAAAAGGAUUUAAUUUUAAGAGUUGAAAAUUCAGUAAAUGAAAAUGAUGCACCUUGUCAAGCUUUGGUUGCAUACUCCAAACUUUUAAUGGAUAAAUGUAAAGAAUUAUUAAUUGGUGUAUUGGAUAUGGAUAGUCAAAAGAAUCAAUCUAUUUUACUUACAGAUUUUAAAUCAUCAGUGGUCGGUGCAUUAUUACCAACUCUAAUCCAUUCUCUUUUCCUCUUUUCUUAUCGAAUUUCAUUGGCCAAAGAAUUGUUACCACCAUUGGUUCAAUUAAUGGGUGUAGUAGAUCGUGUUAAUAGAAGAUUACCAAAACUUUUAAAUAGACCUGAGCUUGGAAGACAACCACUCCAAAAACGUUCAUCUUUUGUCGAGGGUCCAAGUAGGAUUUCAGAAAGUCCUCAUCCAUACCAUGCAUACAUGAAUACACGUCAACCAGUAUCUAUUCCUGGUGCAGUGUUUUUAUCUUUGGUUUUCGAUGAUCGUUCCUACACUAGUAGUUUAGAUGAUGUACUUCAAAUUUUUGAAAGUCAAGAUAGCAAAGAACCACUUGAGCAGUUCUCUCACACUAAAUGGCCAAAGAGAAGAAUUUUAAUUCCAGGCGACACUGUAGUUUUUCAAUUUAUUACAGGACCAGUAAACCCAUCAAACACAUAUUCAAAUUUUUGGGGAUAUCGUUGUAAUAUCAUUGGUCACAUGCCCAAUUCUGAUAAAACUAGUUUACCAUGGUCCUCUCAUUUAGAAAAAACAAUGUGUUGUUUAGCAGGUAGAUUCUCAUCAUGUUUAAUUUCAGGCGAAGCUUUAACAGGCUUGGAGCUUGAAAACAGUCAUUUCCUUGAAUCUCCAUUGUUCAGCGGCGGUGUUGAAGAAGAUUUUGUAUCAUCAGUAUUAUUUUCAAAUAAUAAUGAAAGUUAUGAUUUGCCAUAUUUAAACCAAGCUCAAGAUAUUUCAUCACCAUCCCAACAAUCGCCUCCAAUAAAUACCAAAAGAAAUAAUGAAGUUUAUUCAAACCAUUUAUCAGAUUUUAUGUGGAAACAUGUAACUGGUGAAAAGCUAAAAGGGAAAGCUACAAUUAAAUCAGCUCAACAGGCAGUUAUUGCAGCACUAAUUAAGCAUUUAGGUUUGUGUGACUUGGCUUUAAAUUUUACAUUAGAGAUAAUUCAAUAUAAACAACAGCAACAACAAAAUUUAAAUCAACAACAAAUUAAACCUCCACAACCAUUAGUUGAUGUAUGGAAAUCAGUAUUACCAAUUAGAAUGACAAUCAUUCAAAGACAUCAAGAAUCUCAAUUAUCAAAUCACCAAAUUGAUGAUAUGGCUGAAUCUCAAAAGAGAAGAAGUGUAGAUAUGAAAACCCAUUCAGAGUUUAGAGAAUCAAUAUAUAAUGAAAUUGCCGAUAAAAUUAUAGAAAAUUCAAUGUUUUUAUUAGAAUUACAAUCUUACUAUGACCCAUCUAUUAUAUUAUCAAAUCAAAAUCAUUACCAUCAUAAUCAUCUCUCAUCUAGUCAACUUAAACAAGAGAUCUCAUCAAUUCUAUUUAAAUUUGUCCUAUCAAACAAUCUUCAAAUAAAUGAUAUUAAAAAGAUAUUAAUAUCACGUAGAUCAAGAGCAUACUCCCGUUCGAUUGGUUUACAAGCUAUGCACGAUAUUUUAAGAUGUGCCUCUGACCACAGUAUGAAACCUGAAGCUUUAUGUUUUAUAGGCCCUGCUCUUAGAAAUAGUGGAUUGGUUAAAAGAAGAUGUCCACCAUAUCAUUAUUUAGAUUUCUUGCAUGGUAGUGGAACAAAACUAAUUAGAGAUGUUAAAAAGAACUUCAAGCUCUUAAUGGAAGAUGUCUCAGCUCUCCUUAACGAUCAAAAUAGCGAUUCAAUUUUAAAACUUUAUGCAUUGGAUGCUUUUACAUUAAACUUUUCCCCAGAUGACAGUGAAAUGUUAACUCAAGUCGAUAUUUUCAAUAAAAUACAUAAUCUCAUGACCAAUGAAUCCAUAUGGGGUGGUAUUUGGGGCAGCACAGGAGAUCACAAUCAUCGAAAUAGUAUUGGCUCAUCACCAUCUGGCAGUAUUCUUCAUUCCAAUAGUACCUCGUCAUUGUACGACAAUGAUGUUGGCUAUCCACCAUACUCCUCUCAUUCAAUCUAUUCAAGUUUCGUUGAGGAAGAAAAAUUAGAAAGGGAAAAAUUAAAAAAGAAUGCAAAAGCUUUGUUCAAAUUUUUGGGUUUAAUUUGUGUUGAUAUUACCCAACAACCAACAGUAAAUAACAAUAGUAACAAUGGAGUUAAAUUCGAAUCACUUAGGGAUUCAUUUUUUACUUUAAUGGCUACACAAUUAGAAUCAUCACUUGUUUUUCUAAAAGAAACAAAUAAGACCUAUUGGGGUAGAAAUAGCAGUGGUGAUACCAACACUCCUGGUGUAUCCUCACCUAAUACAAAUGUUAAAUCAAGAAGACUUUAUAGAGUAGAGAAAUCCUAUGUAGAUCUAUCCGAUUCUUUAUCCCUUCUUUACAUUUUAAGUGCUUUUGAUAAUGUUAAACAAAGACUAUGCUCUGUCACAUUCAUUAAUAUAUUCCAUUGCAUCCUUCAAGUAGGUGAUGAAACACAAAGAAAAUUAAUUUUAAGAAUAUUCAGAAGAAUUUUACCAUCAGUUUCACCAUAUAAGUUUAAUAACAACAACAAUAACAAUAACAAUAACAAUAACAAUAACAAUAACAAUAACAAUAACAAUAACAAUAACAAUAACAAUAACAAUAAUAAUCAAAACAAAACAUUAUUUUCUUUACUUUUAGAAAUAUUAGGAGCUGUUAGUUAUUGGGGUUGUUCUUCUGAUAUUCAAGAGAUUUCAAAAUAUAUUGAUCCUCGAUAUUUCAUUUCUUCAAAUAACUUUAAUCUUUAUAGAAGUAGUAGCUAUAAUAGCACAAAAAUAGAUUCACCACACUCAUACUUUUCAAUUUUCGAUAAAACUACACAAUUUCCAUGUUCUUGGGAUAUCAUUUCACAAUCUCCCUAUAUUAAAUUUUCUGAUGAUGGUAAAAUUGCUACAUUCAUAUCACCACAAAACAAUAACUUUGCAAAUAGAUCCGGUAUUCCAAGAAACAAUAAUAAUCCAAGUAAUACAACUUCAUCAACACCAAUUACAUCAACAGGUUCAAGACCAAAUGUAUCAACCAACCAAUCUACAAAUGUAGUUGGAACAGUUACUUCAAAUUCUAAUUUUUCAAUCCUUUCAAAUAAUUUAGAAAUUAUUCAAGGUUUACAAUUAGUUAAAUCUGAUAUUAUGAUCCCAGAAUCUACUCCAUUUUUUUAUUUUGAAGUUAAAAUUGAAAUUGAAACCAAAGAUAUUAUUAUUGGUCUCUUUCCAGCAAAUUCAAUAGAUCAACUAAGAUCAUUAAGAGAUUGGAGAUUUGGGUUAGGUUAUUCAAGUAAAGAUGGCCAUAAAGUAUGCUAUCGUGUUACAUCAACUCAAAGCAGAGGAUAUUCAAAUGGAUUCUCAAGAAAUGAUGUUAUUGGUUGUGGCUAUAAUCAUAAAGAUGGUAAAGUCUUUUUUACAAAGAAUGGAAAAUAUUUAGGUACAGCAUUUAAAAAUGUAAUGGGAGAUUUUUAUCCAGUUGUGGCUAUGUCAAGCGGCGGUUCAGUCAGUGUUAACUUUGGUCAACAACCAUUCCAAUACGAUUUAACUUCAAUAAUUUCAUAUCAUUUAGAAUUCCUUUCCGAACGUUCAACUCCAUCUAUGACUUUAUCAUAUGUCAAUGAAAUUGUAUCUCUAUUAAGAAUCUUAAUGAAAUCACCUCAAUGGAAACAACCACUACUUAAAUAUGUUAUGGAGGGUUUAAAAUUAUUACCAUCAACAAUUCAAUCGAACAUAAUACCAAUUAGUAUAUUAAAUGAUCAAAAUAAUAUCAAUUCUAAUAGUGGUGCCAAUAGUAAUAGUAGUGAUGAUGCUAGUGGUGAUACCAGCGGUAAUAACAACUCCUCACAACCAAAAAUUCAAAAUACAAUCCAUAUUCCAAAAUUUUUAUCAAACAAAACAAAUAUUCAAUCUUUAUUCCAAGUAUUUAGUACAGUUUCAUUCAUAUCUGGAUAUUUAGAUGGAAUUUGGCCAGGUGCUCGUGUUGAAGUCGAUAUUGGCUCAGGCUGUUUUGAAUACGGAACUGUAGUUGAAUAUAGUACCCAAAAUCAUCUUUGCAAAGUUUUAUUAGACUGUAAUGUAGAUAAACUCAUUAAAACCACCCAUAAUAGAAUAGCAUUAAAACCAAUUCAAGAAAUACCAAUUGAUUUUGGAAUUUUCUCAAAUCCAACUUUAAUUUUACAAAGUAUCUCAACAUUUUUAAAACCACCACUACCAACAAAGGAUUCGAUACCAUCUUCAUCUUCAUCCUCUUCAACCACUCCAGCACCAACAAAUGAAAAUUCCAAUUCUCUCAAACAAUCAAGUUUCAAUAAUUUCAAACAAUGGCAUUUAUUAAAUGAAAUUAUCUAUUCAUCGACAAAUUUAUCAAAUUCGUCCAAUAAUAUCUCAAAUUCAUUACCAACAACAAACCCAGCUGUCUCAAGCUCAUUACCCACAUCAACAACAAGCGUUACAUUUAAUUUACCAAAAAAUAUAAACAAUUCAAAUAAUAUUCCAAAUGAUUCACAACUAUCAUUAUCAAAUAUGAGUAUUAGUAACGCAGUUAAUAAUAUUAGAAAUAUUUACCUAUACAUAAAAUCAAGAGUAAUGAAAAUAUUUAGUGGUUUAUUAAAAUACUCAGAAUGUUCCAAAUAUACAUUGGAUGAAAGUUUAAUUCCAAUUUUGGUAGAAUUUGCAUUAGGUAGACCAAUUCAAUUUAUGGAAGAACCAAAGAUUGAAAAAAUGGAAAGGCUUUCAUUCUUGUUAAAAGAAAAAAUUUACGAUAAAACAUUAAAAUCAUUUUUAAAUAACUCAUUAGGCCAUCAGUUCAAUUCAGUAGGAAGAGGCAGAGGUCGUAACAAAACUGUUAGUAGUAACAAUCAAGAAGAAAAUGUUGAAGAAUUAACUUCAGAGUUUGAUUUCGAAGAAGAUAAUGAAAUUGGAGAAGCCUUAAAUGAAUUUGAUGAAUCUUUAGACAACUUUGACGAUGAAGACAAUACCACCCAAGCUAACAAUGAUAAUAACGAAGACUCAUCACCACAUUCAUCAAACUAUUCCGUUGGAAAUAGAAGCGGUGGUAGAUCAAAUACAAUUUUACAGCAAUCACAACAACAGCAACAGCAACAAGAUGAUUAUGAUGAAAUUGACGAAGAUGAAUCUUUACAAGGUGCCAUAGCAGACGAUGAUCUACCAGAAGAAGGCAUACCAGGAAAAAAAGUUUUAUGGGCAGAUAUCAAAAUUGGUAUGCAUGUUUUAAUCUCCAAAAGAGAAAGAUUACUGCUACGAAAUAGCAAUUGGGUACAUGAAAUGGAUGAUAUCAUUGGUCAUGUUGGUAUAGUUAAAUCAAUUGAUAAAAAGUAUCGCCAAGUCUUGGUUUCUUUUUUAGAUGACGAAACUUUAACAACUGUUGAUUGGUGGAUGUGUUACGAAACUUUCACUUAUCCAAACGAGAAAUCAACUAAAAAUCCAAUUAUUUCAAUCGAUAAAUACUCUCAUAGUCAACUUAUCCAUUUGGACACUUCAUGCGAAAUGGCGUUAUCAAUUCUCUACUCUAGACAAGCUUUAAUUUCACUUUUAGUAACCCUACCAAAUACUUCCAGAGUUUCAUAUCAAUCUUUUGGUGGUGCAAAGAAUUUAAUCUAUAUUCUUAAAUUAACACUCUAUACUACACUUUUAAAUGAUUCUUCAAACUAUAUUCUCUCAAGUAAUAGUAUAACCAAGCUAUUAAACGUUUCCCCAAAGAAUUAUAAAGAUUACAUAAACUUGAAAUCAUUACAAUCAAAAUUAUCAUUAUUAUUAAAACAAGAAUCAAAUAAUUUAGUUUUAAUUAAUCAUAGCAACCAAAAUCAUAACCACAAAGUAUCCAGUAAUAGUCAUUCUAAUCUUCCUUCUUUAACCUCUCUUAAUACCAACAAUGGCAAUAGUGGAAAUGUUCCAUCCUCCUCCUCUCAAUCAUCAGGUAGACGCUCAAACCCAUCAUCUGCAACAUCCACCCCAACCAAAACAACAACAAUAUCAUCAAAAGAUGGAAGCUCAUCCUCCACAAACUCUACACCAACCAAGUGGAAAAGCUAUAAACCCGACUCAACAUAUAACUAUCACCCAACAGCAGCUUUGGGUAGUAAUGUUUUAAAUAACUCAACAAACAUUAUUAUAGGUGGUAACACCAGCAAUAUGUUACAAAACAAUCAUAAGAAUACUAUUGAAGCAAAUAAUAGUAUAAUCACAAACAAUAAGAUGAAUGAAAAUAAUAUUUCAAACAAUAAUCAUCCAACAGCAACUACCACAAACUAUAUUAUUAAUCAAUCAUUAAUAUUUGGCGAGCCAUUAAAAACUGGUAAUUUAAUGAAACAACAAAAAAUCAUCAAAUUGUGGAAAAGAAUUUAUGUUGUAUUAUCAAGCGAUUCAAUAAUAUUUUAUAAACCACAAAACCAACAAGGUGGUAGUUUAGGUCAUCAAAAUAAAGACCAACAUACCCAUCAACAUCAUAAUACAAUUCAUGGUUUGCAUUUAUCAGGCACAAAUAACAACCCAAUUGGAUCUAUUGAUUUACGUGAUAUAGUUUCAGUUACACAAGUUUCACUGGUAAAGCAAAAUAAAAUAUCUUUUAGUGGCAGUACAAAAAAAGAUUUCUGUUUCCAAAUUACUCUAACCUCAAACAAAACUCAUUUGUUCCAAGCUUCAAGCCAAGAAGAUCUAAAUGAUUGGAUUCAAAUCAUAAACUCGGCAUGUAUUUCAAGUGCAUCCUUUAGAUCCAAACCACCAAAUUUCCAAUCUACAAUUCCGCUAAUCGAAGUAUUGACAAAAGAAGUUUGUGUUCAAUUGAAAGAAUCUUCUAACGAAUCACCCCAUAUCCACCACGAAGAAUCACCACAUCCAUAUCCAGCUAACUAUUGUAUUAAAAAGAUAGUUCGUAUUGAAGGCUCCCAAUCAUUACUAAUCACUUUUGAUAACAAAUCCUAUUCAGAACCUGGUUUAGCUGUUUUAAGAUUCUUUUAUGAUCCAUCAUGUACCAAUCAUAUAGCCUCAUACAGUGGAAAGUUUUCAUCAUUCCCUCCAACCAUUAUCAAUUCAUGUCAAUUUUGGAUGGUAUUCACCGCUGAUACAAUGAGAUCAGAAUGGGGCUAUAAAUUUACUGUUACACCAAUACGUAAUAAAACCACGGAUGUUAGUCUAUUACCUCAGCCAUCAUUCGAGUUUGCUUGUUUCAUCGUUGACUGGGUACUUCAACUCGAUAUUCAAUUAUUCAAAAACUAUCCAAACUUUUUCUCUCAAGAUUUAGUUGAUAUGCUUUUAUUACAUCUAAACAUCAACCAACCAUUAGAUCGUAAAUUAAAAGCUAUUAAUUUCCUUACUCGUCUCUUACAAAAGCUUCGUGAAAAUCCGAUCCAACUUUUAUCAAUUACCACCCAAAAAGAAAUCUCAUCAAAGAUUGAAUUUAUAAAAGAUGAAAUGUUUAAACUUUACAAAAUCGAAUGCGGAAACAACAAUAUGUUUACAAACAAUACUUUAAAUCAACCAAUUUUGUCACAGUAUCUCCAAAAACUAAUUGAAAUUUGUAUUCAAACCCAUAUAGUACUAUCCCAAGCUAAUAGUUCCCAAUUACUAUAUUUACAACAACAACAGCAGCAGCAGCAACAACAACACAUACCAGAAAAUGAUCAAUCUAGUAAUAAUAUUGGACCAAGUAGUAAUAACAAUAGCAACAAUGAACUAUCAAGUAGUAAUAGCUCAAGUAAUAAUGGUUCAAGCAAUCUUUACUUGAACAUUAAUAACACAAAUAUUAAUAUUAAUAGCAAUUAUAACUAUUCAGUUUUCAAUAUACGCGAUGAACAUAAACAAUGGUUUAGCAAAAUGAUUAAAACAUCCAAGGUGUUGGAGCAUUUAUUUAGAGGUAAAGGAUUUGGUAAAGAAUUUAUUAAGGAAUCAUUUAUUGAAACUCGUUCAAAGCAAGUUAUAGACUCGCCACACCCAUAUCCACCAGGUGCUAGAGUUACCAGUAACAUUAUUAUUCCAGAUUCAGUAUCACUAAAAAUCGAAUUUGAUCCAAAAUCACGUACUCAAACAUAUGUCGACUAUUUAAUGUUUUCAAAAUCCACUCCUGGUGCUGAUGACCUUGGUUUUUUUACUGGCGAAUUCCCAACACAACCAAUUUUCAUUCAAGGUGACCGUUUUAUUUGGUCAUUUUACUCUGAUUCAAAUGAACCAGAAUGGGGUUUCCGUUUCACAAUUACUCCUCAAUUCUCAGAUGAUGUUAUUAGGGAAAAUGAUCAAAAAUACGAAAGAGAAAUACUAAUGCUUUCAAGAAACACAUGGAAUCAUUCAAUGGAUUUAGAACUGGUUAAAUUGGUUAAUGCAAUCUGCGAAAAACAAAAAAAGAACCCAUAUCAAUUAAUAUUUGAACAAUGUUUAAUUCCAGAGUACCUUACAUUAUUCCCCUCACUCUCAGAAAUUGAAGAUCAUCAUAUUCUUUACCUUAGAUUUGUCGUCUUAAAACAUUUCAACUCCCUAAUUCAAUCAUUUAUCAACUAUAUCGAUCUUAAAGGUGCCUCGGAUGAUUGGUCCAUAUCUUAUAAACUUUGUAGCUUAAGAGGUUUGUUAUUUAAUGAUUGCAAACUAGAAAUUUUAAAUAACUCUUUAAUUCAAACCAAAUCAUUAAGUAGAAGACCAAUUAUUCAUCUAAAUAGACAUGGGUCAUUACUUAUAACAACCACACAACCAAUUCAACAACCUCAACCACAACCACAAAAUAGAAAUCAAAACAAUACAACAAUAACAUUAAAUCCAAAUCGUACAAGUUUAAGAACUGGUAAUAAUCAAGCAACAACUACAAAUUUAAAUCAAAGAAAUAGCAAUAAUAAUAAUAUAUCCAAUAACAAUAGAAAUCAAAGAGCAUCAACACUAACAGCAACAUCAGUACCAACAACAUCAACAGCAGCAACACUAAACAAUACUAAUAACAAUUCCACAACAACAGCAACCAAUACAGCCCAACAACAAUCGCUACCACAACAACAGCAACAACCAUCAGAACAGCCUCAAUCAAACCCAGCAUCAUCCUUAUCGAUUAUAACAAGUAAAAAUUAUUUAUAUAAUUAUAAAAAUGAAAAUUUAUUUUUACAAUCAUUCAGACAACUAUGCUAUAUGGAUCCAUUAAGAUUAAAACAUAAUGAUAGGGCAUGGGAGGUUAAAUUAGAAAGGGAAGGUGCAAGAGAUGCUGGUGGACCAUAUAGAGAAUGCAUGACCCAAAUAGUAACAGAUCUUCAAAGUAGAGAAAUGAAUUUAUUCCUACCAUGUCAAAAUGCCCAAGGCGAUGUUGCAUUCAAUCGUGAUAAAUUAGUUCCAAACUCAUCAGCAAACUCACCAUUAGCUCUUCAACUAUAUGAAUAUAUUGGUCGUUUAAUUGGUAUCGCUAUUAGAACCAAAAAUUGUAUUGAACUAUCAUUCCCAUCAAUCAUUUGGAAAAGUUUUGUUUGUGCAAAAGUAGAGCGUGUAGAUUUAGAAGCAAUAGAUAAAUAUACCACCAACUUUAUUGAACUAUUAGAAGGAACCUCAACUACAAAUGAAACAAAACUAACUCCAGAUAUUUUCCCUGAUUGUGUAGACCAAACAUUCAUCGCUCGUUCAAUCGAUAACAACGAAGUAGAAUUAAUUCCAGAUGGUAGAUUGAUACCAGUUACUUGGGAAAAUCGUUCAGAAUAUGCAUCACUUUUAGAGCAAUACAAACUCUCUGAAUAUCGUUUACAAAUCGAUGCAAUGGUUAAAGGUGCCUCUAGUAUUAUUCCAUUACAAAUUUUAAAUCUUUUUACUUGGCAAGAAAUAGAACAAAGAGUGUGCGGUAUACCAGGUCUUGAUAUUAAACUUUUAAAGAAACAUACUCGUUAUUGUGGCUUGUUACCAUCAGAAGCUAGAGUUGCAUGGUUUUGGCGUAUUAUCGAAUCAUUCUCCUCUGAAGAACAAACACUGUUCCUUCGUUUUGUUUGGGGUAGAUCUCGAUUACCAUCUCCAAGCGAAUUUAACUUUCAAUUCCAAAUCUAUCCAUUCAUUAAGAAUCAAUCUAGAAUUUAUGAUGACGAUUUCGAAGAUCAAAGACUCAGUGAAGACCAUGACCAAAUCCAAGAUGAAUAUUUACCAGAAGCUCAAACCUGUUUCUUUACACUAUCAAUUCCAAACUAUAGUUCAUUAGAUGUAAUGCGUGAAAAAUUACUAUAUGCAAUUACCUCCUGUAGAGAAAUAGAUGCAGAUUAUAUUGUAGCUCCAGAAAAUAAUCUUUAUUAA